ACUCGGCCACUCGACACCACCCUCCGCGCUCCGCAUCCGCUCCUCCCUCUGCUGCCGUGCCGGUGCCGCUAGCCAUCCCCACUUCUCACCCGCCCCCUCUCCUCUACUGCCGCCAGCCGCAACAAAGAUAUGGAUAGAGCGGCCGCGACAGCCGCAGACAUUAUCGUCAUGAUCCCAUCGCUCUCGCCUUCGCCUUUGUAGCACUACCUCCUCGUCCAUCCGCCCCCCUAUUUCGUCCCACUCGGGUUGCUAGAUCGGACUGGAUCUCUCUGCCCGUUUCUUGGAGCAGAGAUGGCCGAAAUGACCGUGACUGUCGCGGCCGCCAAAAGCACCCUCCGGACGUGCCCCGGCGCCCGCCGUGCUGCGGUUCUUGGUCGGUGGAUGCCUCUUGCACCAGCGGCGCCCGCCAACUUGAAAUUGUUCUCUCCAGCUGUGAGGGUUCCAAGGGCUACUUCCCCUGCGGCGGUUGAGGAUGGGAGCAACACUGAUAUAGUCCCUAUCCCGAAAGUUAUAAUAGACCAAGACUCAGAUCCGGAUGCAACCAUUGUAGAAAUAACCUUGGGUGAUCGUCUUGGCGAUCUCCUUGAUACGAUGAGUGCGCUAAAGAACUUGGGGCUAAAUGUUGUUAAAGCUAGUGUCUGUCUCGAUUCUACUGGCAAGCAUAUCAAGUUUGCUAUAACUAGAGCGUUCACUGGCCGUAAAAUUGAUGAUCCAGAGUUGUUAGAAGCAGUUCGACUGACGAUCAUUAACAACAUGAUACAGUAUCAUCCAGAGUCCAGCAGUCAAUUGGCUAUGGGGGCAACUUUUGGGCCAGAAGCCCCUACGGAAGAGGUUGAUGUGGAUAUAGCAACCCACAUAGAUAUCUAUGAUGAUGGCCCUGAAAGAAGCUUACUUGUGGUGGAAACAGCGGAUCGUCCAGGGUUACUGGUUGACCUUGUUAAGAUCAUCUCGGACAUCAGCAUUAAUGUCCAAUCUGGAGAGUUUGACACUGAGGGGCUCCUGGCUAAAGCAAAAUUCCAUGUCAGCUACAGGGGCAGAACACUGACCGAGGCUUUACAACAGGUUCUUUGUAAUAGCUUGCGCUAUUUCUUGAGGCGGCCGACAACAGAGGACGCCAGCUUCUAGCCAGAUAGAUGAUCAUGAAGCCUCCCAACUUUCUUAUGUGGUGGUAUUCACAUGAAUUGAAUACCAUCGUCAAAGCAUUUGAAACACGCACAAUAAUUUGUUAAGAUGGGGGGAAUUGUACUUGAUGUUAUGGCACCACACCAAUUCGAAGUAUUUUUUGUUCCAAGGCACGGGAAUCUGUUGUAUCCAAGUGCAGAAGAUUGCUAUUCUUAAUCAUGUAAUAACACAUUAUUAUUUUGCUACUUGGGAUACACCGUUUGGUGGUAAAUAAGAUGGAAUAUUGUGGGGGCCCA